AACCCGCCGGCUCGCUGCUUGCCCCCUCGUCACCACACACCUAUAAUUCCGAUACCAUCCCUGCCCCCUCUCACCCCCAGAAGCCAAGAUGGCAGACAGCGGCGGGGCGCCAUCCCGCGUGGCGAUCAAGUUCGGCACCCCCAAGGGAAGCGAGAGCAAGAAGCACAGCAGCCGAACGAAGCCCACGUCGCUCGGGAAGCGACACAGGGCACACGCCCUCAACGACGACUCCGAAUCGGACGCGGAAGAGGCGCAUCCCGCCGUCCGGCACGAGACCAUCACAGGCUACGGCCCAGGCGGCGCAAGCCUCGACGAUCGCCGCUCCCCUCGCCACCGGCGCCGCCGCUCCGAUUCCCCUGAUGGCGGGAGGCGCGCGGGGCGAGACUCCAGGUCAGGCAGGAGAGGCUAUAGGGACGAGCGCGCGGCAGCGGCGGAACGGAACGGGUCGCUGAAGGAGGUAGACCCCGCAGACAAGGACAAGGCCGUCAAGUGGGGCCUGACCAUCAACAGCAAGCCGCGCCAAAGGGAUGAGGAGCGCUCCGCUCGUGAGCGGGAUGGCGGAGACCAGGUGGCCGGCGACGAGAAAAGGGGGGGCGAGAAGGCGCCCAAGACGGCGGAUGAGGAGGCCAUGGAGGCGCUGACGAUGGAUCCCGCCGAGCGGAAGAGGCUGAAUUACAAGAACAUUUCGUCUGGCGACCUUGAUCGGGAUCCGCUCCCAGAGGACUACAAGUCGAUCCCCGUCGAGGAUUUCGGAGCCACGCUUCUCAGGGGGUUCGGCUGGGACGGGAAGAUGAGAGGGAAAAUCAAGGAGGUCGCCAAGCACGGCAAUCUUACGGGACUCGGCGCAAAGAACCUAAGAGAGGCCGAGGAUCUGGGUGCUUGGUCUCAGAAGAGCACCAAGGAUAGUAACGGCAAGUCGCGGCCAGCGCGGGCCCCACGACUUGACGAUUACAGACGGGAAGAGGAAAAGAAACGUCAACGCCGGCAGGACAGGCAUGGCGAUAGCUACAGGCAUGAAAAGGAGCGGGAGAGGGAGCGAGGGGCAGACAGGCGAUAGGACUUGUGUGUGAAACAAAAUUGUGGUAACUACAUCUACUUGACCCAUCGAGCCCGGAAUCCACCAGGCUAACUAACUUUCACCGUCCCAAGUCCUGUCGAGUUCGGAUUGUGCUUGAUCCAUCCUGAGUUGAGCUCGGAUUUCUCGACCCAUAAACCCCUGGAACGGU